GUUCUUGGCUCGUCUCGUCCAAUUCUUCGUUCAAGGCAAGAAGGAGCUGGACCCCUUCUGAUCGGCGAGCCAUUUCCAAAGGAGCUAGCCAGUUUCAACAGACUUCACCAACAUGCCGUCCCAAAUGGAACACGCCAUGGAAACCAUGAUGUUUACGUUUCACAAAUUUGCCGGGGACAAAGGCUACUUAACAAAGGAGGACCUGCGAGUGCUCAUGGAGAAGGAGUUCCCUGGGUUUUUGGAAAAUCAAAAAGACCCUCUGGCUGUGGACAAAAUCAUGAAGGACCUGGACCAGUGCCGAGAUGGCAAAGUGGGCUUCCAGAGCUUCUUCUCACUGAUUGCAGGCCUCACCAUCGCAUGCAAUGAUUACUUUGUAGUAAACAUGAAGCAGAAGGGAAAGAAGUAGGCAGGCUCGAGCAUUUACUCCCGUCCUGGUGAGGGUCCUCCUCCCAAAGGGCCACUUAGGGAACCUGCCCCUCGGUUUCCCCGCGUAUGAAGAUGUCACGAGCUGACCGGGCCCCUUAGAAAAUGUACAGACAACAUCCAGCUCUCAUUGGACAAGCAGAGAAAGUUAGUUAAAUGCCAGAUAAGCUUUGGAUUUUUAUAUUGUUUGCAUCCUCCUGCCCUCAAUAAAGUCUUUUUUUUUUAGUUCUGGA